AUGGUUGACUUUGCCCCAUACACGCCUGGCAUGGCCCACGACUUUGAGCUCUACUCUCACCCUCACCCUCACUCUCAGGAACAGCACAUUGACUACCAACAAAGUCAACCCUUCAUGCCUGUCUCAACAUUUGGUAUGGAUCACACCUACACCGCACCACCCUUUGACCAGAUGGCUCCACUUGCAGACGCUUCAAGGCUGCAAGACCUCCAGUUCCACUACGACGCCAUCGCACAAGGUGUCAAGCCAUCAUAUCAGUACCAGACACCGGCAGGAUCCCCCCACUCAAUAUCAAACUCUUUUCACGAGAUGCCCCCUGUCUUGUCAGCCUCAUCAGAGUCUGGCGCUUCAGUAUCUUCAUCUGCCGUGGGCUCCCCAUCACUUGUACCCCAAUUCACCGAGCCAUGGAACCCAAUGCCCAUGGGCGGACUCACAUCUGGUUUUGACUACUCAGGCAUGGUAGCAAACGACAAGUCGUAUGUGGCAGAUCCUAAUCUCAUUCAGCCUUUUGCAUUCGCUCCUCAGAGCCCUUAUCCUGAGAUCAGGACCACACCCUCUCCUUACUUCCCAGUCAUUGAGCAACCACCAUCCCCAGCCCUGUCGCAGUUCUCUUCAUAUAGUCAGCGACCAGGCUCCGCACGGAUCAAGAAGUCCAGCGCUAGCCCAUACCUCCACACUCAACAAUACCAGCCUUACCCCAAGUACAAUGGCCAACGGCGAAGCUCAGUCAAUUCUCUCCACUCACAAAACUCUGGCACAAGCCGCAAGAGCUCUAGCAGCUACGAUGUAGAUGACGAGACACGGGAGAAGGGCAUGUGCCCUCUUCCAGAGUGCGGACGCGUUUUCAAAGAUCUCAAGGCACACAUGCUCACCCACCAAAACGAGAGGCCCGAAAAGUGCCCAAUUACCACUUGCGAGUACCAUGUCAAGGGCUUCGCAAGGAAGUAUGACAAGAACCGACACACUCUCACCCACUACAAGGGCACCAUGGUCUGUGGUUUCUGUCCUGGCAGUGGUUCAGCGGCUGAGAAGUCGUUCAACCGCGCCGAUGUCUUCAAGAGGCAUCUCACAUCAGUUCAUGGUGUUGAGCAAAACCCUCCCAACAGCCGCAAGAAGAGCUCCGCGAGCCGCAAGUCAUUUGGCAGUUCGCAGCCCAGUGUUGCCGGCACAUGCUCCACCUGCUCAGUAACAUUUGCCAACGCGCAAGAGUUCUACGAGCACUUGGAUGACUGCGUGCUACGCGUUGUGCAGCAAACUGAUCCCACAGAGGCCAUCAACCAGCGUCUCCUCACCUCUGUUGCAGAGGACAAGAACGUCACCGAGACGUUGGACCGAAAUGGCCUGUCCAAGAGCAUCGAGUACACGAUCCCCAAGUAUGAGGACGAUGAUGAGGACGACUUUGAGGAGGAGGAGAUCGACAACGACGAUCAAGAUGAUGCUACUUGGGGCAGCCGUGUCGGCGCAACGCAGCACGUCGGGGGUGGCAACCACCCAACCCAACACAUUUCUUCUGGCCGCGUCACCAAGUCUAGUCCGCGCGCUGGCCUCACCUUCUCCAAAGGUGGUGUGGCCAUCACUGGCGCCGGGCGCAAGAAGCGCAAAAACUACCCCGUGUCUUGGGGCUGCGCUACCGACAAGAUGAAGAUGAAGAAGCGCGUCUUGUGCGUGUAUGACGGUCAACGCAGACUGUGGAAAGAUGACAUGAUGCUCGACCAAGAGUUUGAAGUACGCAUGAAGCUGCCCGAUGGCAAGGCGUAUGUCACGGACCUAGAUGUGCAGACCCUCAACCGCGCUGAGGCGGUGCAUGGUGCCACUGCUGAGGAGAGGGGCGUGUGGGUACCUGACAACAUCAUCUCGAGCGGUGCUCCACCCAUGGAGACGAUGCCGCUUGAGUGGACAGUGUAA